AAUAAAAUAAACCACAAUGUUUUAACAUAGAGCAAAACAAAAGGGAACAGAAAAUGAAAUCUAAAAAGAGGGCUUCUUGAAAUCCCUGAUUAGGAAACUUCUAGUCGUCAGAUUCUUCUUGUUGUGAGAUACUCCAUGUCCGUUGAACUUCAAUUUUCUCAGAUUUGUGUUGUUUGCUAUCUGAAUCCAUGUAUUAUCUCGUCUGGUUCCUUGUUUGGAUCUGAUUUCCAGCUCGCGAUGUCAAUUGAAAUUGUUCCUUUCAGAUGAUAUUGUUAUAUUCACGAGUGGAAACACCAAGUCUAUUAAGAUGAUCAUGAAACAAAUUCAGUGGUACAUGAGAAGCUCAGGGCAGAGAAUAAAUAAAAACAAAUGCUUCUUUUAUAUAGCUCCUGGCACUGGAGCUAGUAGAAUCAAUAAGAUCAGAGAAGCAACAGGAUUCUAUGACAAACAGUUUUCUUUUGAAUAUUUGGGAUGUCCCAUUUAUGUUGGAAGUAAAAAGGUGAAUACUUUGAAAAACUGCUUUCCAAAGUCGUCAAAAGACUCAAUGGGUGGCAGAGUAGUAUGUUGUCUCAUGGGGGUAAGAUGGUGUUGAUCAAAAGUGUACUUCAAUCAUUGCCUAUCUACACAUUGACUGCUCUCAAUCCCCCUAAAGGAAUUAUAAAGCUGAUGGAGAAGCAUUUUGCAAGGUUCUUUUGGGGAUCUAGCACUGACAGAAAAAGAUACCACUGGAGUUCUUGGCAAAAUAUGUGUUUUCCCAAGGAAGAAGGAGGUGUGGGAAUAAGGAGUAUGUCAGACAUUUGUUAAACUAUGAAUAUGAAAAAAUGGUGGAGAUUUAGGUGUCAAGACUCUCUAUAGGCUAGAUUCACCAAGGCUAAAUAUUGUAUUAGAGCUCAUCCGGUGGCCAAAGUUUGGGUAUCUGGGAAUUCUCAUAUAUGGAAGACUCUUACUAAGAUUAGAGGCAAAGCUGAACCUCAUAUGCUUUGGAAGAUUCAAAAUGGACAGAGCAGUUUUUGGUGGGACAACUGGACUGGACAUGGAGCUAUUGCUACCUACUGCCCAAAAUAUGUUCACUCCAUUAAGACAAAAGUUAGCUAUUUUAUCUUGGACAAAGAAUGGGAUAUUCAAAGACUGGUAGAAAUCUUACCUGAUUGGCUACUUCAACAUGUUACUCCUAUCAAGAUAGGAUCAGAAACAAAACAAGACUAUCUAAUAUGGAAGCCAGCUACAGAUGGAAUUUUCACAAAUAAAGAAGCAUGGAAUGACAUAAGAGAGCAUAGACAGAAGGACUUGUUGAUCAACAAGGCUUGGCAUAAGAACAUCCCUUUUAAAGUUUCUUUUCUUACGUGGAGAUUAAUCAAAAGUAAGCUACCUUUCACUAAUAACUCCGUUUGCAGAUUUGUGGACAUGCUUGUGGAUUGCUUAUGCUGCGCAAAUGCUCAACCAGAGACUAUUCAACAUUUUUUUAUGGAAAGUGAGCCUGCUCAGUUUUUAUGGAAGCUUUUUGGGCAGCCUUUGGGCAUCAAGUAUCGAGUCAAGGUAGUCAAAGUGUUCCUAACAGAAUGGUGGCUUACCAAGAGAAACAAUGGAGUGCACAAGAUGAUAAUUCAUAUUACUCCAAUUAUCAUAUGUUGGGUAAUGUGGAAAACGGAUGUUCGUGUAGAUAUGGAGACCAAAGGAAGUUCUAUAGGAGGAGCAUGGAACAGCAAGUUAAAUGAAUUCUAAAAGCAGCAUUGGAACAAGCUUUUCCUAAGUUCAAGUGGGAGAUGCCAUGGCAUCAGUUGUGUACAACUGUAGAUAAAAUGAAGUCUAUAAUACAUGUUACACAAGUAACUUGGGACAUGCCUCCUGCUGGAAGGCUUAAAUUAAACACAGAUGGAAGUUUCAGAGAUCAAGGCAAAGAAGCAGGAAUUGGUGGCAUAGCUAGAGAUGAAAAUGGAAUUCUGAUUUUUGCUUUCUCCAUCCCAAGCCAAGGUACAAGUCAUAAUAUAGUUGAAGCGGAGGCUAUUAAAUAUGCAGCAUUUGAUUAAGCAAGGAGGACACAGAAAGUGCUGUAUAGAAUCAGAUGCAUUGAUGAUAGUGGAAAUGCUCAAAAGCGGAACCACUAAAAAUGCCACUAUUAGGGAUACAAUAGAGGAAAUUGUGGAGAUUGGAGAUCACAUGGAGAUCACAUAUAAGCACUGUUAUAGAGAAGGAAACCAAGUUGCUGACUUCUUAGCGUAAAAUGCAGCAACUCAGGAAAAUCUCUUCCUAAUCUAUCACAGUCAGCAACUACCAAGAGGGGCGUGUGGUGCUUACAUGCUAGACAAGAAUCAACUUCCUUCUAUAAGAUUAAGAUAUGACAAGGCUAAUUUUUUUGUGAGCUGAAAUGUAUGGAUCAUAGUGUAUAGUGGAGGAUGUAUAGCUAACAAGUUUAACAUUCUCUUUUUUGCUAGAUUGCAAUGCAAUCAGUGCCUGUAUAUCAGGGGUAUGGUCUAGCCCUCCCCUUUCUCAAUAAAUGAUAUGCAGCACCUCAGGACACUUAUCCUGGAAAAAAAAAACUAGGCAUUUUAGAUUA